AUGCUGUCGCCAAGGGAUGACGACGACGAUGACAGCCACCUGUGCAUCAAGUGCAACGCUACCAUCGUUGGGCUCGACAACUACAUCAAGCACAGGAAACAGCGAUGCGGCAAGAGCAAGUCUGACAACAAAAACGAGCUGCCCAUCGACCCACUGGAGCCGACAUACAGCCUCGGCGCGGACGUCUUCUUCCAAUCGCUAGAGCUACAAAGUAGCGUUAAAAAGACAUCGCUCUCUAGGCUUACGCCGCCCGCGACAAUUUCUAAAUCAAACGCGGAUAGGAAAAAUACCUUGACUGUAGCGUCAACUUCUAGGGAACUGCCCAGGAUCAGUCCAGUUGAAACUAACCUCAGAGGCGUCGACUGGAUUGGCGGUCACAGCUUAAGAAUCGGCAGCAAUGAGGACAAUCAAACGAAACUGAUCAACGCUGUAGCCAGCAUUAGUGGUAGCGUGAAGAAAGAACUACCGUCGACGUCCUACAGCAUCGGAACCUUCAAUGAUUUCAAGGGAGAGGACGAUACUGAUGAAUGUGAGGAGUCUGAGGAUGAUGACGAGGAAGAACCUAGCGAUGGGGCUAAAUGGAAACCCCCUCCACAUUACACCGGCGGUAAAUGGCGGCCGGAUUCACCUGAAAACGAGGAUUGGGAUAUGAGAGAGGAGCAGGAGCAUAUUGGAGGGAAAUGGAAACCGUUAAUUAUUCCGGAGAGCAACGAACGUGAAGAAGACUUCGACGCACCGCCACCCGGCCACACAAAAGGAAAGUGGGUGCCAGGGGCCCCGGAGAAGACGCAGAUAAUGGAACCGACGAUCCAAGCAAAAGGCUCCGUUCAGUAUUGGUGCGGACCGUGCAACAGACGACUCGGUUCCAGAGCCAUCUACGAAAAACAUUUAUUGUCUAAUUUACACAUGAGAAAAGUACUGCCGGAACAUGAUUUGGAGUUCUCUGGCCACUUGGAACCGAUUAAAAACGUAGCAGACAAACGAGCUAGCCGCCCGUCGCGUUUCGUUAACAACAGCAUCUAUUUACAGCCGAAACUGAAGAAGCAGAAAUUAAAGGUGGAAACUGGGGUAGUUAAGAGAAAAAGGAAGCCUUGCUUUGUUCAGUGUUCAGUUUGCAAGUCGAGGGUGAGGUACAGUUUGAUGGGAAAACAUUUGAUAUCACACUACCACUUCAGAAAGGCGACCGAUACCCAAAGCACCGCUUACCAACAGCUUAUCUUAGACAAUAUAGACGUGAUUGUGCACCAAUCACCGUUCCAAUGCAGCCCGUGCCGGUUUUACACAAAUUGGCUAUCAAAUUUUAUGCAGCAUUGGUUCUCUGACGGGCACAAAGCGAAAACCGAUUCAAUAGAGGGACGGUUCUGGUGCUCCUUCUGCAAAUUCGAGUGUGACUCCUCACAAGAAAUGAUCGAUCACAUAACCGGUCCGGAGCACAGCGAAGUCGUCGCCGUCGUCAACAGAUCUAUGCCCAUAAUAUUGCGCAAGAAGACCGUGUUGAGGUGCGAUACCUGUCUGCAGGAGUUUCGGUACAACGUGGAAAUCAAAAAGCACUGUCUCAAUACCGGACACGAGUUGUCCCACACCGCCACCGAUGCCUAUCAAGAAUUGCACAAAUGCCAGCACUGCAACGACAAAUUCAAAUCCUCGCUUACACUCGCCGCCCAUUUGAAAACAAAGCAUAAGCAGAGAGCUUUUUUCUGCUUGGUAUGUUCUGUCACCUUCGAGUCUGCGGAGGAAGCGAAGCGGCAUCGACAAACCUCUGAACACAGGGUGCGUAGGAAGGAGAUUCUAAGUGAAAAGGGGAUGUUCGUGAAAUCACUGAAGAAAAAAUGUCCGUACUGCAAAGACAGCGUGUGGCUUAAAAAUAUUAUUGAGCUAAAAGACCACAUCAGAAACGUACAUCCGGAAAUCAAGAAAAAAUGCUCCAAGUGCGGAAUGUCGUUUGUCCUAUUCCAAGAGGUCACACGGCACGUCAGGUCGAAAGCGUGUCAGUAUCAGGGCGGCACAUCCAACUCCUCCAUCCUUUGGAACUGUAGCCAGUGCGUGUUCACGACAGACUCUCAGGCGGAGUGCUUCUUCCACGAGGUGCUGCACCGCCCCUCCGUCACGAAGCUCGCGAAGGAGUCGGGCAGGGUGUUGGAGAAGUACGACUGUCCCCUCUGCCCCAAGAGCUUCAGCAAGCCCUCGCUGCGGGACCACCUCAAGCAGCACACCUUCGAGAGGCCGUUCGCUUGCGAGCAGUGCGGCGCCAACUUCACUCGCCAGAGCAGCCUCGCCAACCACUGGAGGGCGGAGCACGGUGACCGCACGGCCAGGGAUGAGCCAGCUGCGGCUGGACAAACCGAAGAGCUCAGGUGUGGACGGUGCAAGAAGAGAUUCACGAACCAGCAGGCUCUAGCUCAGCACGGCGCGACGUGCGCCUCGGCCGAGCGUCGAUGUCCCCACGAGCAGUGCGCCUACGUGGCCACCACCGCCUCGCAACUGCUUAGGCAUCGUCGUGCCCAUGGAGAGAGUAUAAAGAACCACACUUGUCCAAUUUGCCCAUUCAGCAGCAACCAAGCAAGUAACAUGAAGAGACAUAUGCUAUGCCAUGAAGGCGUUAAACCUUACGCCUGCCCGCAUUGCACAUUCACAUGUGGCAGUUUAGAAAAUCUUCGCAAGCAUGUACUGCGUAGUGGGCGCCACAAGGGAUUGUUUUUGUACGAAUGCCCCGAUUGUGGUUAUCAUACCAACUUAGCGAUGGAACUGCGCUCUCACUAUACUACUGCACACCCUGACAGAUACAAUCCGAAAACCGCCCUAGAAGCGGUGAAGACACAUCUAAAGAAAAAUACUACCACGAAAGAUAAAGAGACA